ACAUACAUUUUUAUCCAUUUUGUUAUUUUUCUUAAGUUUUUAACUUUGUAAAAGUUUCUUUCUCUUUCUUAGAAAUACAUUAGAUGACUAUAAAUACGUCGAAAGCGUCUCUUCCCUCCCCCCUCCGAAGCGGAAGAUUACCCGUCGUCCUCUCGGGCCAGUCCUCUUCUGCCGUUGGAUUCCGGUUGUGACCGCACGCCGUGUUGUUACCGGGCCAUAAAACAUCAAGUAAACCCAAAAAUGGACCAAAGUCGUCCGCAGAAAGGGAUUCCUCCAACUGCGGUGCCCGUUGGGUCUCCUGCUCAAGGCACUCCUCGAUCCGUGGAGCGAGGAAUCAUCAGCGGAGACAACGUCCAGUUCGGAAGGGUGCGACGCCGCUCCCACCUGUCCCAGUCUGAGAGUUCGGGUGCUGAAGACGAGCGACUGGGCUCCUCAGUGGAGGGCGGUUGUUCCUAUGGUCGCAGUCCCGUCCUGCAGGCCAUGCAAGAGGAGGGAGUCCUCUACAACCUGAGGUCCUUUGAGCAAGCCGAGAGCCCCCGUCAGGGGCAGCUGGCCUCCAAUGGCAGCGUGCCACUGUCCUUCUCUCCACGGAGCCCGAACGCCAGAGGCCCCCUGGGAGUCCACUACAGACGCACCAAUGGUCAAAAGCAAGACGAGGGCCAAAGCAUCCCCACUGUGAAGGCGUCCGGUACUCCCCACCGCCACCUCAGCGGAGGACGCCACCGCACCUCCUCUGAGUCCGAUCAAGGAGGCAAAGGCAGCAAAGGGCCGCACGCGAGGAAGAGAGGCCUGUCCGAGACGAAAACCAAGCCCAGCACCAGCAUGAGUGGACUUCAAGGCCUCGCCACGGAGAACGUCUGGUUUGACAAACAUCGCUACGAUGAGGCGGAGAAACAUUUCUAUGAGGGAGUCAACGGCCCGGCCACUCAGCAGCAACAACAAUCUUCCUCCAGCGCAGCCGGAGAGCAGGAGCUGAUCUCACGCAUGAAGAGUCUGGAGCUGGAGAACCAAACUCUCCACAAAGUGGUGGAGGAGAUGCGAUCUGCUCUGCAGAAGUUGGAGUCCCGAGUGUUUGUUCUGGAAAAAGCUCCAGCUGCUGCGGCUCCAUGCGCUCAGGUCGUACCGGUCCAAGCGGCUCCAGUCAAACAGGUGAAAGUGGAAAAUGGAGACGACGACGACUUGGACUUGUUCGGCAGCGACGAGGAAGACGAGGAGGCAGAGCGCAUCAAGCAGGAGCGCCUGGAGGCUUACGCCGCCAAGAAGGCAAAGAAACCGGCUCUCAUCGCCAAGUCCUCCAUCCUGCUGGACGUCAAGCCUUGGGACGACGAGACGGACAUGGCGAAGCUGGAGGAGUGCGUGCGCUCCGUGCAGAUGGACGGGCUGCUGUGGGGCGCCUCCAAGCUGGUCCCGGUCGGCUACGGCAUCAAGAAGCUGCAGAUCAACUGUGUGGUCGAGGACGACAAAGUCGGAACCGACAUUCUGGAGGAGGAGAUCACCAAGUUCGAGGACUUCGUCCAGAGUGUAGAUGUGGCUGCCUUCAACAAGAUCUGAGGAUCUCCAGUUCUCUCUGCUCCACCAAAGUGAUGCUGCUUCUUCCAGCUUCUGCGUUAAUAAAAGCUGUUUCAGAAUCA